GAUAAUCACUCCGCAGCACCUCCAAUUCACGAAUACCUCCCCAGCAACAUUACGCAUCACAACUUCCAAUUCCUUUAUUGAAGCUUUGCAUAUCGUCCGAUUGUCUUCGUCACCUUACCACCGCAGUGAACAAAAGCAAUUUCGUCGUCAUGAUUACCGAACGAGAAAUGCAAAUAAGUCCGAUUGUGCAAGAGUCUGUGAUACACAAUACAAAGACUCUCGCAACUCUCCACAAUCUCACAGCCUCCCUCUUUGGUGUUGCCGCUGGUAUCCUCGGUCUUGAAUCUUACCCUGGAUUCCUGUUCUAUAUCUUCUUUACGCUCCUCACUAGUGCUCUCGUAUAUGUGUUUCGGAUAGCUCCGCAUAUGAGUAAAGAUACCAUGGGAGAUCGAUAUUUUAGAGGAGCGUGGGAGUUUUGGUCGGGAGGGUUAGUGGAGGGCCUGAGUGGAUUCGUGUUGACCUGGACUUUAUUUUAUGGAUUGGUUAGGGCAUAAUGGUAGAGAGUGGGUCAAUGUGGCAGGGGGAGUUUUGGAAUAGAGUGAGAUCUUAUGGGAUAGGCUAAGUGCUGGAUGGACAUAAGGAAUGUUUGGAUCUGACAGGAUUCAAUCUCGGAAAAUUAAUCGACUAUUCUACAUCCAACAAUCCUCGAACACGAAUGUCGAAUGAAGAAUGUGGGGAAAUGGAAUGAUCAAUAAAUCACAAGCGCAAGCGAGAGGGAGCGGUGCAAUAAUAGGAACGGGAAGAUAGAUGUUGUGAUGAGCGGAAGGAAUACGGGAGAUUGCGCUUGGUGAAUUCAGGUGCGGAUGGAUUUCCCUCGUCGCGACAAUUAUCAACUAGUAUGGCGCUUGGAGUUGGACUGAUUGAAAUUCGACAUGCUUGAUGUUUAUAUUCCCAAACGGUGGUUAUGUUCUUGUGUGCAUAUACAGUAUUGCGGUAUCAAAUGGAGUUGAGGAAUACCAGACUUCGUUUCACGGAUAUAGAUUUGAGUUGUUUCUUUCUGCCAUGUGACAAUGAGAGUAAGUGUUGUAGGACA